UGACUCGCCCCAUGCGAAUACUUUCGAUAGGUAACGGGUACAUGGGUACACAUUUAACUAUCGCCCAUCUUCAGGGUGUAGGCUUAAAGUUAGACAUGAGCGAUAACAAUUAUCGUUUUGGUUUUGGCAAAGAUAAAAUUGAAAUAAAUAAGUUAAAACACGAUGGCCUGUGGCGAUUGAAUCUAAAUAACAAUAACAAUCUUGUGGCGUGCAACUCAACGCAUAAUUACAGCAGCACCGAUGGCGAGGAGCAGGCAAAGCUGCAAAGGACUAUGGCAAAAACGAAACAGAAACAGACAACAGCAGCAGCUGCCACAGCAACAACAACAGCAACAGCAACAACAAUGCCAAUACCAACAGCUACAACAACACCAACAGCGGCGGCGGCGGCAGCGGCAGCAACAACGAUAGGCGCUUUUGCUGUGACGCCCACUUGUGUCGCACACAUCGAGGACGAGGGCGGAGGAGGAUGCGUCGGCGCUGCAGCGGAUGCCGAUGACGGCGACUGCGCUGCUGCUGCAGCUGGCGCAGGCCUAGACACCAGUGAUAAGCUGAACGGCAUCGGCAUAGGUGCUGCCUACACGCUGACUGCGCUGCCCGAACUCGAUUGUGACUUGGCUGCUGCAGCGGCUGCAGCUGCCUCCGCACUCUCGCCCACCGAUGCGGCCAUUGGCGGCCUCAGCUCCAGUCGCACCUCCACUGAGAACCUGAGCUAUGCCAGCGACAAUUACUAUGCCGACGAUCUCAUAUUGCUGGACGACGAUGAGGACGACGUGGAGGCCGAGGAGAUAUCGCUCAACUCGGAUGACUGCGUCUAUGCGUAUCGCGGUGAUGCCGCUGACUUCGACAUGGCGGCGCUGGAUGCCAGCACUGGCCGUGGCGGACGCAAUUUGGAAUUUGGUCUGGUGCGUGAUGAUGAGACCGAUUUUCUUGAAAUGGAUUUCGAGCCGGAUCCAUCUUCGGAGCUGGAGUUUGCGGCCAAUGCACAGGAGGCAGCUGCAGCAGCGGCUGCAGGCCAUGCCAAUCUGCUGCUCAUGCAGCGCGAUUAUAGUCAGCUACAGAGCGGUCGGCACAUGGUGACGCCCACCCAGCCGCGCCAGCUAUACAGUUCACCAAUUGAGGAGCUAUCAUUGCCGCCGCCACAGGAGGCACUGCAGCGCUUGAGCAAGAAAUUCGCCCGCAUAAGCCUCAAUCUGGAUCAGAUCAAGGCCGAUGCGGACGCUGGCUCCGAUGGGGAUGCGGAUGAGCUACUCUGCGGCAGCAAGGAUGAUGAGGAUUUUGUGGAUGCGACCGCUAAAACAGAGGCAAAUACGUUGGCACACUCUCUGCCCAGCACACUCGUCUACAGCAACUUCAGUCGCAGCACUAGCGUGCCCAGCGAGCAUACCCAUGCAGCUGAGGAGACUUCGUGCAACUCCAAGUUGACGGGUGCCAAGCCCAAGCGUCUAAGCACGCUCUCCAACUCCUCAUCUUUAGUGUCGGCCUCGAAAAGCUGCGCUUCCUCUUCAAAGUCGCGCCGCUCGCAGCCCAGCUAUGAUGAGCGAUGCUAUAGCUGCACAGAUUUUCGUGCCGUCUCCGCCCAGCAACAACAGCAGCAGCAGCAACAGGAUGUGGCGCCCAUGCUGGUGGCAGCGGCGGCCGUCGUCGCGGCCAGCGCGGCCAUGGCCAGCAAUUCGACAAAAUUUGAUUUGGGCAGCGGCGAGGAAACCUGCCUCGACUGCCUGGAGAAGGAGUUUUUGGCCAAUACCAUUGGCAAGGCCCUCGAUCUGAGCAGCUGCGCCAAGUGCCGGCGACGCGGCGGCGGACGUGGCAGCAGUCUCUCGCUCUAUACACGCGCCGAGCAGACGCGCUGUCGCAGCGGCUCCCCGGGCUAUUUGGAUGAAUUUGGCGGCCUUUUCAGCUGGCACAAUACGGCCGGCGACAUGGGUCAUUACAACCAAAGGUUUAUUUCGUGUGAUAAUAAUUUCGGCGGCAUGCAGCUGCUCAAGCAAAGCUUUUCGACUGAACCGCUGGUGGCGCGCCUGUCCACGGCGCAUCUGAGUGAGGAGCAUCUGGUGCAGGCGCUGGACAAACUUCACAUUUCCUACAACGCACCUCUGUUGCAUGCCUACUUUGAGCAGCCGCCCCAGGACAUCACCGGUGGCAACCUGAAGCAGCUGCUGUUGCAUGCCUCCAAGCAGCAGUGCAACCAUCGCAAGCUCAAGAAGCUGAUCGAACUCGUCACGCAGCAGCAGCCGCAUCAACAGCAGCUGAAUGUCCAAUUCAAGCGGGCUAACACUGGCCACGUGGCACUGGUCGCAGUCAAGGUGACUGAUAUUUUGGCUGCCUGGCAACGGCAUCGGGAUCUCUAUGUGCUGCGGCAAUUGGAUGCGCGCUUUCAUCGCGCCAAUGUGCUGGGCAAAAUUGGACACAUUGUGCGUCAGGCACAACAGCAGCAGCAGCAGCCGGCGGUAGCAGCAACCACAUCUGCAUCGGCUGCGGCAUCUACUUCAAUCUCAUCCAUGCGACUCGCGCUGCCCGAAUUCAUAAUGAUACCACAGUAUUAUGCUUGUGGAGAAUUGACAUUGACGCGCAAAUGUUAGGAGCCGCCACACACAACACACACACACACCACAUCAAAGGUUUAUGCGUAGCUGCGUUUUGUUAAAUUUCAAAUUGAGAUUCCCUAAAUGCAACGCUGCACGUGAUGUAGGUCUGUUCUGGUUUUUGUUUCAGGCAAAAACUGUUUAAACUGAUGACAUGAGCUAAUUCCAACAUAAUUGAAUAUUUUAUGUAUAUUCAUUGUUAUUUUUUUAAUACUUAGCGCAUGAUAUUAGCUAGCUGUUAGGCACAUAGAAUCAUAUCAUCAUUUUGUUCCAUUUUAUGUAACUGCAAAGUUAUUAAUUUUUUUUUUAUAUAUAUGCCAUGGUAACACAUGUGUUUUGAAGCACAACAUAAUAUUAGAUAGCUGUUAGCUGUUAGAAUUGAUCCUUUUGUUUUUUAUAUAUGCCAACAAAUGAUCGAAUUUGAAUGUAUUACUUUUGAAAAUCUUUCCAAUACCUUUAUCUAGUCCUGAACACAAAAAAUCUAUAUGAAUUAAGUUUGUUUAUACUCGAAACAAGAGCUUAUAAUCUUUUAAUUUAGAGAGCAAUUGUCGUCAGUUUAAAAAGUUAUAAAUUCCAAAUUGAGAACAUUUGUGGAUAUUCAUCUAAAUGUGAUCAAUUUUGAGAAAUUAUAGAAUUGGAAUGAAAAACCCGAACAGACCGGAUUUUGUUGUAAUUGCAUUUGAAUGCCAGUGCUGCCUAUUUAGAGAACAAAAUAAGGAAUUUACGAUUUCACGAUUUGGCAGCCACGUGUAAACACAAGCAAUAAUUGUAACUACUGCUCGUUGGGGGAGGGGAUGGCGGCGUCUUGUUAGAAAAAGUUAAGCGCGUAUUUAUGUAUGUGUUAUAGCGUUAAUCAUAAUAACCGUUAAUCGAUUUGCAAUAUUUAUAUAUAAUACCAACAAACAUGUGUGUACAUGUCACGCCCACUAACGUAUAUCGCAAUAUAUAUGCAUACA